CGGCGGCGGUCUGGGUCCCGCUCUCGCUCCCGGCGGGGCCUCGCUCCCGGCGCGGAGGCGGCAGGUGCCCGGGACAUGCGGCGGCGGUAGGACGCGCGGCGGCGAUGGGCGGCCGGGGGCUGCCGGUGCCGCUGCUGCUGGGGCUGCCGCUGCUGCUGGGGCUGCCGGCGGCGGGGCGCGCCGCCUCCAAGGCGCUGGUGUGCCAGGAGAUCACGGUGCCGAUGUGCAAGGGCAUCGGCUACAACCUCACCUACAUGCCCAACCAGUUCAACCACGACACGCAGGACGAGGCCGGGCUGGAGGUGCACCAGUUCUGGCCGCUGGUGGAGAUCCAGUGCUCCCCGGACCUGCGCUUCUUCCUCUGCAGCAUGUACACCCCUAUCUGCCUGUCCGACUACACGAAGCCGCUGCCCCCCUGCCGCUCCGUCUGCGAGCGGGCCAAGGCCGGCUGCUCGCCCAUCAUGCAGCAGUACGGCUUCGCCUGGCCCGAGAGGAUGAGCUGCGACAGCCUGCCGGUGCUGGGGGACACCGAGGUGCUUUGCAUGGGAUACAACCACACGGAAGCCACCACCCUGCCGCCUUUCUUUGGGAAGCCCACACGCCCUGCCAAGGACAUGGCCAAAAACCUGAUGCCACUCGAUGGGCAGCGCCUCUCAGGGCUGGACUGUGGUCAGACUUGCAAGUGCAAAGCACCCCUGAUCCCCAUCUCCAAGGAGUCCCAUCCGCUGUACAACCGCAUCAGGACUGGGAAGGUACUCAACUGCGCCAUCCCCUGCUACCAGCCCUACUUCACCCAGGAUGAGAAGACCUUUGCUACCUUCUGGAUCGGCCUCUGGUCCAUCCUCUGCUUCCUCUCCACCUCAACCACCGUGGCCACCUUCCUCAUUGACAUGGAGCGCUUCAAGUACCCUGAGCGCCCCAUCAUCUUCCUCUCUGCCUGCUACCUCUUCGUCUCCAUGGGCUACAUUGUGCGGCUGGUGGCAGGGCAUGCCAAUGUGGCUUGCAACCUGGAGCACCACCACAUCCAUUAUGAAACUACAGGCCCUGCUCUCUGCACCGUGGUUUUCCUUCUCCUCUACUUCUUUGGCAUGGCCAGCUCCAUCUGGUGGGUCAUCCUGUCCCUCACCUGGUUCCUGGCAGCUGGCAUGAAGUGGGGCAAUGAGGCCAUUGCUAGCUACUCGCAGUACUUCCACCUGGCUGCCUGGCUCAUCCCCAGUGCCAAAUCCAUUGCGGUACUGGCACUGAGCUCUGUGGACGGUGACCCGGUGGCUGGGGUUUGCUAUGUGGGCAACCAGAGCCUGGAGAAUCUGCGGGGCUUUGUGCUGGCACCAUUAGUGGUUUAUCUCUUCACUGGCAGCCUCUUCCUGCUGGCUGGCUUCGUCUCGCUCUUUCGCAUCCGCAGCGUGAUCAAGCAGGGCGGCACCAAAACUGACAAACUGGAGAAGCUGAUGAUCCGCAUCGGCAUCUUCACCAUGCUCUACACUGUGCCUGCCACCAUUGUCAUUGCCUGCUACAUCUACGAGCAGCACAACCGGGAGGCCUGGGAGCAGGCACAGAACUGCUCCUGCCCGGGGGACCCUCACCACCCCAAGCCUGACUAUGCUGUCUUCAUGCUCAAGUACUUCAUGUGCCUUGUGGUGGGGAUCACCUCCGGUGUUUGGAUCUGGUCUGGCAAGACACUCGAGUCCUGGAGGCGCUUCACCACCCGCUGCUGCCGGGGCAGGAAGCCUGCAGGCGCCUCUGUGUACGGUGAGGCCAGCCCGGCACUGGUGGGCAGGACGGUGCUGCCCAAUAUGGCCUCCUACCACAAGCAGGUCCCACUGUCCCAUGUGUGACCGGAGGGAGCCUCGGUGACCCCAGCCACAGGGAGGAGAGGGUUGCAAAGACCCUGGGCCACAGAAGAGGGGGUGACAGCUGGGCCACCCCUGGCAUCCUCAGCCCCACCAUGGUGGUGCUGCCUGGGACCGAGUGUGUGUGCCCAUGGGCAUGGAGCAGCUGCAGCCCCAGGCAGGGCAGGGGGAGGUGCUGCCAGCUAUGUGGGGGCAGAGGGACAGGGAGGCCUGGAGCCUGGCACUGCCAUGUAUGCCCCACUUGGGGUCCCACAUCCUGGUUGCAGUCCUGGGAUGCUUCUGCCUGUGGGCCAAUCAGGUGGCAGUAGCCCUCGAGCACUGAUUUGUGUCCCACAACAAGGCUCUGGGCAGGUCUUGCUGGUGCUUGCUGGGGUGAAAGACAGAGCUGUAGCAGGCAGGGCAAGUGGUGGCCCCCAACCCCAGGUGGGGGCUGGCACUGCCACUGAGCCACUCACUGAAGCCCAGAGAGUGGGAGGGGAUCAGGGAAAGCUGGCAGGGGGUGCUGCCUCUCUGGGUGCCCUGGGCAGAGCAGGAGACUGCUCUCAGUGCCCCCAGGUACAGCUCCAUAUUGGGGAGGAGAAGGCUGGGGGCCCUUGGCGUGAGGCAGCCGCUGGCCCCGCUCGGGCAGCAGCACAAUGAGCCGGAGUGAAGGAGCCGCGCGGGCCGGGGCUUCACGGGUGGUGGUGACAGUGCAGGACAGAGGGGUCGUGGAGAGGAUCUGCCACCCGGCCCUCAGGACGGGCAGGGACAGGGUCCCAGCUGUCUGCAGCGCAGACGGGGACCAGGUGACCCCCCUGUGGUCCCUUCUGCCCUGGGCAAGCACAUCCGGCUCCCUUCAGUCAGGGGCUCAGGACCGGCAGGAGCUGGCUCCGGUGGGCUCAGCGGGGUGGUACCAGCUCCACCGCCCAUGGAGCCACUCGCCCCGGCGAGCCGAGGGGCUGCGCAAGGUGGUGAGGCUGCCGUCCCGGCGCGGGGUUUGCAGGGAGCCCUGGCACCGCCGGCUCCGGCACCGAGAGCGGGGCUCUCCUGAGGUGCCCUGGGAAGGGGCCGGUGCUGUCCCGCGCCUCUGCAACGGGGUGAGUUCCUGGCGUCUCCCUUGUGCCGCGCGGGUUACCUGGGGCGAGGGAGGCAGGCCCGGUGCCCUGCCCGCCAGCUGUGGCAUAGCCAACCCUAAAAGGGUGGCUGCGCCCCUGCGGUGAGUAGUGACUGCACGGGGGUGUCCCAGCCAGGCGGCAGGCUGUCUCUCCGGAGCAGCAGCUGGGUUUUCCAGUCAGUCGACUUCAAUACGUGUUGCUGCUUUUUUCAAAGCUGUGCCUCUGACAGAGACGGUACCAGGUUUGAAAGAGAGCGGUUAAUUUAGGAAAACUUAGCAGAGUGCUUGUACUUCUUUUCCUCCAACUUCCCAAGCCUUUUUCACUUCCCUGGAUCAGACAGCAGCUGAGCACUGACAGAACCAUUUUCUGGCGUUAAGCAGUGGUGACAGCUGGGUUUCAAUAAGUAGAAUAAUGGGGGGGGGGGGCUGUUGUCAAAAUCACUAAAUGCAGCCAGGGCAAGGGGCUCCAGCAGUGGCACAGGAUGAGGCUGGCUGCCUCUGGCUUCAGGCCACUUGUGAAAGCACCUGGGUUUAAUGGUUUAUUUCCCCUGCCCUAAGCAGUGAUCAUGUAUGUAAAAACCCAGCCAUUACUGGAGUCCUUUUUGCUCUCCUUCAAGCGUGGCACUGUGACCCAGCUGCUCAAGCACUGGAGAACAACUGCUGGCUUUGCUCCUGCAGGACUGCAAGGAUCUGAGGUUGUUCUCAACACCUUUGGACCACUUCCAAAAGGUUUCCACCUAAUUUUAAAACCAAAGCCUGGGAAGUGAGGGAACACUCAAGUGGCACAUCUCCAGAUAAAGGUGCUGCAUGAGUGUCUCUGGGGUGUCCUGGAUACAGAGGUGCAAGGACGGAGGGCUCACCAGGGACUGUUCAGCCGCACCCAUCCGCAACUCUUGCAAUAGGGCUCACCCCCUCCAGAAUGCUGGAGUUCUUUAUUAUGGACAUAAUUGCACCAUAUUGUGUUACAAACUGUAAAUAGUUGUAUUAUAGCCUAAUUUGUACACACAGAAGCCGUAGUGACCUUUGAUACAGGUUAGGGACAGGUGUGUUCUCAGCAGUGAGGCGGGUCAGGUGCAGAGACGCUGUGGGUAGUCUUGUAUUGUGAUCCAGGGCAUUAAAUGAUUCCAACCUGCUCCAGUCCACACCUUCCUGGACUCCUCUCUCUCUAUAGUGCCUUUUGUAGAUACAGCUAAACACACAUCAUGCAAUACAAUGAACAAAACCAUGUCAAAGGUGGUAUUUUGCUGUUUUUGUUUUUUCCAAAGUGCAACUGACUGUGUAAAGAAAUCCAAGAUUAGCUACAAACUGUCGCCUAUUGAAAAAUGCAAGAGUGUUUUCAGCUUUGAUCUAACGGUAGGGUAAUACAAUCAACUCGUGUUUGAGCCUGGCUUCUCAGCAACAAGUGGCAGGAGGGGGAAGGAGCUGUUUCCGUGUGCCCUGUCUGCUGUAGCCAAUUUACAUGUUGGGUUUUGCCUGUUCCGUUACCCAUGCUGUUCAAUGUUGCUUAAAUAACUGUACUAUAUUUUGUGAAAAGCUUAAGAGAUUUUAUUCAAAGAGAAGUAUCAAGAUUAGUUAUUUAUGAGGAUAAAAAAUAGUGUGUGUUGUUUUCUUUACUUCUGCUUCUGUUAGAGUAUUUAUUACCUUAAAAACUUACCUGUCAGGGGGACGGGGAGGUAUGUGCUGUAGGGCCAUGCAGGGCUCUUUAUCCCUGGGGAUUGUGGGGAACUGGUGAGGCAACUGCACUUGUGUAGCACAGGAAUAGCAUGUUCCAUGUGCACGAACCCCACGCAGAGCUGCCCUUGGCACGGAGGAUGCCACACAUCCGUGCCCUCAGCACCGGCGUGCCCAGGCUGGGUGGUGCAGCCAGGCUCUGCCCAGAGCCGGGUUCCGUGCUUGGGGGCAGCUGUGCUAGCUGUGCCCAUGACCUCGCUGACAGGGCAUUCCCCUGAUGGGCCAAGGUCACGCCUCGCUGCUAAAAGAGGGUUAACUAUCAACUUUUAUUGGCGUUCUGCAGUUUGCACAGUACGUGUCCCUCGCCCUGCGCUGAGAUCAGGCCCUGAAGAGGUGCCCUUUGAUACUCCUAAGGCCAAGGAGAUGACAGCUCAGAGCCAAGCGGGAUGCAGCACGCUGGCCCAUUUGGGUGGCCGUGUUGCCAUCUGCUGUGCGACCUCUCCUGUUGCGAGAAGCACUUGAGGAGGGACAGUAAGGGGUUAAGGCUGGCUCCGUGGUGACUAAUGGUGCAGGACUCUGCUAUCUAGUUAGGUGUGUAGGCAUACACCAGGUCCCACUAGAUAGGAUCUCUUACCUGGAAGCAGCAUUCCAGCACCCAGUACUGAACCUGACAGUCCCACAGCCUGACUCACCUGGUUCUGCAGGGAUCUGCCCCCCCAUGCUCAAGUACGGGCAAAACACACCAUUUGGGCUGAUCCUGUCGCUUGAGGGGCAGCAGUUUUGGGGCGUGGAGGGGACAUGAACCAUUUCAGCAUCAGGUUCUUCCCAAGGAGCUGUGGACACUCACUGCCUGCUCCCGGAAGUAACUCCAGCACCUUGCUGGCAGCCUUGUUGUCAUUCUUGCCUGCCAGGAAGCUGUUGUGUCCCCAGCUCCUCAGUAAACAGGAGUUUGGCAGCACUGCCAUGCACCGCCUACCUCAAGCCACGGUUUCCGAGCAAGGGAAGGGCUUUUCCUGCAGGCAGCUGUGUGAAUCAGCUGCAGGACUCUGUCCCUGUGAGCACAUACGUGAUCCCGCACGGCCAGCCCAGUGCUUGUGCUGCUGUGUCUCUCCUGUGCUCUCCAGGUUCCACUUGGCCAGCUCAAGCCACCCUCGAGGCAGUCACCGGCUUCCCUGGGGCUGAACGGUGUAAAUGCAGCACAAUUUCAAACUGGGUGGCAUGGGGAAUGACAAUGUCUGAUGGCAUGGGGACCAUGUGGUUCUUCAAAUAGGUUUUAAUAUCAUACAUCAGAAGCCAAAGUGGUUAUUUCACCUAGAACAUGCCUUGUCUGUGAAGGCAGCCUGAGACUUUCCUAAUCCUAAGACAAACAGGCCCAUGUUCUGCCAUUAAGUGCUGUUCUGCCAGUCCUUUGGGGGGUGGGUGUUAGUAAGGGCUCUACAGUCACUUUGGCAGCACCCUGUAAUUCACUUUAUGUUGGCAAACAGCUUAUUUGGUGCAAGUGUAGUUUUCCCAGGUAACAAUAUGGAACGCCAGUUCUGUGUCAUUGUCCUGCACUGCUGUGCUGUGGGAAAUCCCAGGACAGGAUGGGGGCUGCAGCCUGCCCAGUGCUGAGCUCUAAACGGAGCAGUUCACCCUGCCCUGAGUGCUCCUGCCAACCUCCUGUGCAAGCUCUCACCUCAAUGGCUCUUCUGUCCUCUUCUGCUUGCUCAGGGUAUGCUUGACACCUAUACUCUUACCCAGGAGCAAUGGUCUUGACAUUUAUUCCAUCCCUCAAGUGCCUGUCCUCUUAACUGCCAAACCCAAACUGAAGUAGUUCUCAUAAAAUUCCCUUGGAAACAAAAUACACAGUCCCUGUACACAAAGGGAAGGGGCUGCUGGAGCCCGGGGGCAUCAUGUAGCCCACAAACAGCUCCAUGGCUUCCUGCCCCUGCUGCCUGCGAACACAUGCUGCUCCUGCUAGUCUGGCUGCUGCUCACAUUACUCUUGCCGGGCCAUAAGACAGCUACUGUCUCUGCAAACAGCAUUUACUGCCAGAUGGGGAGUGCUACCCUGGAACUGAAAGCAGGCAGCAGUCACCUCAACAUAGAUUAAAUAUUACUCAGCUGUUGGAUUAAAAAAACCAAGGUACAUAGCCAGUUGCUCUUCCCUGGGAGCAGAGGUAGGUAACAGUCUCUGUAAUUCCAGUAUUCUGACCAUGAUUGCAUUUUUCUUUUGCCUCUUUGAGAAAAGUGUUUCCAGCAUCUAGGUUAGUGCAUAUUGGAGGGUAUUCCCCCUUCACAGUUCAGCAGAACCACAUAAAUGCAAUUCCUUCUGAAACACUAUUACUGCCCAGCACUUCAAAAGGGAGCUGUAUGGCUUACCUUUAAUUGUUUAGCUGAGAAACACAAUAGCUGUGUUUUCCAGAAUCUAACUCUUUUAGGGGUACCAGAAUGGUAAAUGGAAUUGCUAUUUUUUCCCUCUUAAGAAGCUGAGUUGUAGUUCAGGCCUGCUUAGUAUCUGGUGAACAGAUCAAAAUCCCAUUGCUAAUGUGCUCUGGGCUACAGUAAAACUAAAGCCAGGUAAUAUUCAAAGCAAAAUCAGGUUCAUAGCAGCUGUCUCCUGCAGGAUGUAUUGCAGAAGUAGCCCUCAGCUUGAGUUGUCAGUCACCUGCCAUCCAGAUCAGCAGGAAGAGUCUCCAUCUCAUCUGGCAAAAAAGGGAAAUGAGUGCCCCAGUCUCUGCUGAGCAGCUCACAGUGAGUGGCUGCUUUUGGAGCAGCCCCACAGCAAAGUGCACCAGACCAAUCCCACACAGCUGAAGGCACCUGGAGGUGCUGAGGGAAGCAGAGCUCCUUAGCAAUUAGGUCACAAGUCAAUCCAGGAGCUGGUCACUUGUAGCUUCCAAUUUAGUGCUCCUCAAGGGAGGACUUAAAAAUCAUCAAAUGGCCUCCAGAGAGACUGGCCCUACUUAAAGGCCAUUAAAGUGCAAAGAAACUGUCAGUGAAUGGUUUAUUUGAGCAGCCCGAGUCAAGUUCUAAAUCCAAAGACCAUGUGGGAAGAUCUGGGCAGCCAUGCAGGGCUGCACCCCUCCCAGGACUCUGCUGCCUGCUCCCAGACAGUGCCAGCUCCCUGGGACCAAAUGAAGGUGAUAGGCUGGUGUGGGGAAUGGCGAAGCCGUAACACACACCACUGGGGUUUCUCUUUUUUUCCUUUCUUGAGGGGCAGGGGAAUCCAACAACUGUACAGAACACACCCUUCACCUUUAACUUUAAUUAAAAUAGAGUUUAUUAGCUUUUCUUUUAAUACAAACAUGAGAAAGGAAAACCACCUGAAGAUGUAGUGUUAUUUUCAAUAUUGAAUUGUGAUCAAUACCUGAAGUGCCAAGUUCGGUGGGUUUGGGAGCCAGGGGCUGGCACAUUUGCAUACUGCAAAAGGCUGUAUGCAUCACUGAACAGCUGAGUGCAGCCACACUGAUGAUGGCACUCACACAGCCCCACUCCCAAAGGCAGAUGGACUUGUUCAGUGUGAGUUUCUGGGCCUUGGCUGUAAGAGGAAGUGCACAAAACCCGUGUCAUUCGGAGGGAGAGCUGCUCCUAGGACGCACAGCCUAGAACCUAUUUGGAUCCAAGAAGGGAAGAUACUACGAAGACCUGUAACAGGAAGAGUCUAAUAAUACUUAUCCUGUUUAGAGUUCAGUUUCAGAGCUUGAAAGUAAGCUCUGUUCCCAAGUCUCAGAAAGAGCAAACCCCAAGCCUCUAGAGCAGUUGCACAAGAUAAAAUUCACUUUGGGGGGGAAAAAAAAAAAAGUUUAUAGAAAGCUUUUUGAUAAUUCUCAGUU